AUGAAUGAACCAUUAAAAUUGAGAAGUUGUGUAGGAGCACUAAUCUUUAAUGAAGAUGGACAAGUAUUACUUGGAAAGAGAUCAUCUGUAAAGAAAACUUCUGUUGGUAGAUGGCAACUACCUCAAGGAGGAGUAGAAGUUGAAAAGAAUGAAGAUUAUUAUGCAGCAGUGGUAAGAGAGAUCAAAGAGGAGGUUGGAUUAUCGAUCAAUUCAAAUUGUCUACGUUAUGUGUCCAAGGUGAACCACCCCAUCACAUACACGUAUGCACCCGACGAUCCUGAGAAUACAAAGAGAAAGUUUAGUGGUCAAACCAUACACUGGUAUCUCUUUUACAUGCCAGCCGACAAAAUAGCGAGUGUCGAUCUGACCUACGAAGCAGAACCAGAGUUUCAAGAGGUCAAAUGGUAUGACUUUAAAAAGUUUGUGACCGAUGCAGACAUGGGUGUCCCCUUUAAAUCUGAAAUGUACAAACAAUUGUUUUUGGAAACCUUUCCCAUUAUCGAUCAUUAUCUUAUCGAUGUCAAAGCAACUAUCAUUCAAUCUGGUGGAAAAAUUGGAAAUACAUCUACCGUUGAUAAUAAUAAUAAUAAUAACCAUAAAAUUGAUACCUAA